GCCCGCUGGGCUCUGGGAGGACUCUGCUAGAGGCGUGUGAGCGAGGUCUGGGCCACGCAGGCCUGCGGGAGCCCCGGCACCAUGAAUGACGUGGCCAUCGUGAAGGAGGGCUGGCUGCACAAACGAGGUGAGUACAUCAAAACCUGGCGGCCCCGGUACUUCCUCUUGAAGAACGACGGCACCUUCAUCGGCUACAAGGAGCGGCCGCAGGACGUGGAGCAGCGCGAGUCGCCCCUGAACAACUUCUCUGUGGCGCAAUGCCAGCUGAUGAAGACGGAGCGGCCGCGGCCCAACACCUUCAUCAUCCGCUGCCUGCAGUGGACCACGGUCAUCGAGCGCACGUUCCAUGUAGAGACCCCUGAGGAGCGGGAGGAGUGGACAACUGCCAUCCAGACGGUGGCCGACGGGCUCAAGAGGCAGGAGGACGAGAUGAUGGACUUCCGGUCGGGCUCGCCCGGCGAGAACUCGGGGGCCGAGGAGAUGGAGGUGGCGCUGGCCAAGCCCAGGCGCCGCGUGACCAUGAAUGAGUUUGAGUACCUGAAGCUGCUGGGCAAAGGCACCUUCGGGAAGGUGAUCCUGGUGAAGGAGAAGGCCACGGGCCGCUACUAUGCCAUGAAGAUCCUGAAAAAGGAGGUCAUUGUGGCCAAGGACGAGGUGGCCCACACGCUCACGGAGAACCGCGUCCUCCAGAACUCCCGGCACCCCUUCCUGACGGCCCUGAAGUGCUCCUUCCAGACCCACGACCGCCUGUGCUUCGUCAUGGAGUACGCCAACGGAGGCGAGCUCUUCUUCCACCUGUCCCGGGAGCGGGUGUUCCCCGAGGACCGGGCCCGGUUCUACGGUGCCGAGAUCGUGUCUGCCCUGGACUACCUGCACUCGGAGAAGAACGUGGUGUACAGGGACCUCAAGCUGGAGAACCUCAUGCUGGACAAGGACGGGCACAUCAAGAUCACGGACUUCGGGCUGUGCAAGGAGGGCAUCAAGGAUGGCGCCACCAUGAAGACCUUCUGCGGGACGCCCGAGUACCUGGCCCCCGAGGUGCUGGAGGACAACGACUACGGCCGGGCGGUGGACUGGUGGGGGCUGGGCGUGGUCAUGUACGAGAUGAUGUGCGGCCGCCUGCCCUUCUACAACCAGGACCACGAGAAGCUUUUCGAGCUCAUCCUCAUGGAGGAGAUCCGCUUCCCGCGCACGCUGAGCCCUGAGGCCAAGUCCCUGCUCUCAGGGCUGCUCAAGAAGGACCCCAGGCAGCGGCUGGGCGGCGGCCCCGAGGACGCCAAGGAGAUCAUGCGGCACCGCUUCUUUGCCAGCAUCGCGUGGCAGGACGUGUACGAGAAGAAGCUCAGCCCACCCUUCAAGCCUCAGGUCACGUCCGAGACGGACACCAGGUAUUUUGAUGAGGAGUUCACAGCCCAGAUUAUCACCAUCACGCCGCCCGACCGAGACGACAGCAUGGAGGGCGUGGACAGCGAGCGGAGGCCUCACUUCCCCCAGUUCUCCUACUCGGCCAGCGGCACGGCCUGAGGGGCCAGCCGGUGUGCUUGGGACGCCGCUGUGGGCAGCCACGUGCUCCGGACGAGGGCUUGGAAGACCCGGGAGGAAGCCUCGCACGGAUGAUCUGUAUUUAACGUUUCUUAUUUCCGGAUGCGUUUGGGUGGAAACAUUGCCGUCCUCCAACACGGAUGGGAAGAC